AUGCUACCCAAAGGUGAGAAGCUAGUUGAGAACUUCUAUGAGACGAAGAAGCUUAUGAAAAUAAUUAGACUCCCAGAAAAAAAGAUUCAUGCUUGCAAAAACCAUUGCAUGAUAUUCUAUGGGGCAGAUUCUGAUUUGACUAAGUGUCGAGUGUGUGAUCAUGAUCGGUACAAGAGUGGCAGACGACCUUAUCUGGUUAUGAGGUACUUGCCGAUUGCUCCUAGACUCCAAAGGUUGUAUUUGACAAAAAAGACGGCAAAGCAAAUGAAAAUACUAGUUGCCACCCCCUCUUGGAUAAUGAAACAUGGUGUGAUGUUUCCGGAGGAGUCAAGAAAGGAAGAAUAUAUGGAUUCGGAUCUGUGUCUGAUCCAGCGAGCUUUUUGGAAGGAACAUCUAGUUGUCUAUGAACGUGUACGAAACGAGAUGCGUGACGAAAUGGAUGCUAAAGCUGCAGAAAUGGAAGCUAAACAUCAACAAAUGUGUGAGGAAAUGGAUGCCAAAGCUGCAGCAAUAGAUGCCAAACAACAACAAAUUGAUGCAAAAUAUGAAGCAAUGGAGAAGAUGUAUGCAACCUUGCAAAAUAUGAUGGGAAAUUGA